GGACCCGGAGGAGAGCGCGAGAAACCAAAGAAGGAAAAUAUCCUGGACUUGGGCAAAUAUAUGGAUAAGAAGAUCACCGUGAAAUUUACUGGCGGACGAGAAGUUACGGGAACUCUCAAAGGCUACGAUGCGUUGAUGAACUUGGUGCUGGACGAUGUGGAAGAGGUUAUGCGAGACGAUGAAGGAAACACCACAACUCGAACUCUAGGUCUUACAGUCGCCAGAGGUACAUUACUCGUCCUGGUUAGUCCCGUUGAUGGCAGCGAAGAGAUCGCAAAUCCGUUCGUACAAGCAGAAGAAUGA